AUGACUUCCUCAAUCGAUGAGGAAAUCUUGGGUGAAGAUGUUGAAGAGCAGGAAAAUGUUCAAAGCAGCCCUCCAGUGGCUUCCAAACCACCGCCAUACAAGUCUUUCCGUAAGAAGUAUCGUAAAAUGCGAAUAAAGUUCGAUGAAGCUAUGCGCCAAAGUAAUUCAUUAUUUAUGGAGGAGCAGUUGGCAGAUGAAAGUGCUAAGAGGUUGGCACGAGAAAAUGAUCGACUUAUGGAUUUACUUCUCGAUAUCAACAACUCCGAGCAAAUACCUGCCAACAAGCGCAUCGAUUUAAGUGUCGCUGGACCUGCUCUUACAAGCGUCCCUGCUCUUGUCACAAAAGAAGAGCUUGCGAAAGCCGCUGAAGAUACAUCACCUGAAGGCCAAACUAUCUAUAAAGAAAUUCAGGGUUUAUUGAAGGACCGAGAUGGCACAAAUACGACUGUUAAGCCUUCAAAAUCUCUUGCGAAACUCCUGGCGACUGUCCCGCAUAUUUCCUUGAUGAACCAUCACGUCUCUCCACAAUCCUUGGCUGAUUUCGAACCUCAGCCUGGAAGGAAGCAUCCUAUUGGCUAUUUAUCUGUCGAAGAAAUUGAUAAUUACCUUCACGCAGUAGAUGCAACGAUUGGUCUUGCCCCCUCCCUCGCAACUGUCGUCUACCCUCCUACAACGCAAGAUGUCACUCUCAAAAACCCCCAUAGCGUUCUAAACUGGCUCCGUCGUCAUGAGCCCAAAAUCUUCCUUCAAGAUGGUGAAGGCCCUAUUGAAAAGAUCAAUACCAAACCUGGUGCCUUGCGUGGAGCAGGAAAACGAGCAAAUAUUCCCGCACCAACUCGUCUUGAUUCUUUAGAAAUUGUCGAAGAAGAUGGCAUUGGCUACGAUACUACUUUAAGCGGACCAUCCAGCUCCAAAAUCAAACGCAAGCGAGACCCAGAGGAUGAUGGUGGAUAUACACCCAAAUCUGGCAAUCCAGUUAAUAAAACCAAAAGACAAAGGCCAUCCAAGAAAAAGUCUGAUCCACCUGGCGAGCCAAGUACUUCCUCUAGUUCGAAAAAGAGUAAAUUGAGAGCCAAAAAUUCAUCUCCCGUUGACACAGGUCCAGCCCCUCAUCCUUUCGGCCCAAUUGACUGA